AAGACGUCGGAUGGCGUGGCGAGCGAAUAAUGCGAAGGCUGCAGCCGGCCGUGGAGCGCCCGCGUCGGUACCGCGCGCCAAGCCGACCAUGCAGGCCAUUGCGGAGAUCGAAAAGAACCGCGAGGACCGGCGGCGCGCCAUGGCGGCGGCCAAGCGUGAGCGUGAGCGAGAGAGUCAGAUGAACGAGAAAAUGGGUCAUCCAGGGGACGUGGACUUCCAGCGCAUGAUUAAGGCCUUCCGGGAGCAAAACAAGGACAAGAGUCGGCCGCACGCCGAGGCAGGAGAUACCAAGAUCACAAUAUGUGUGCGUAAGCGGCCGGUGAAUGUCAAAGAGGUCAAAAAGCAUGACUACGAUGCCGUGACAUGUCUCAACCCCAUGGCUAUCGUGCACGACUGCAAGCUGAAAGUGGACGGCAUCACCAAGUACCUGGACAGUAAUCCCUUCAGCUUCGAUCACACUUUUGAUGAAAACGCGACCAAUGAGAGUGUGUACAUGCACACUGCUCAGCCACUGGUCAAGUUUAUAUUCCACGAUGGAGGACAUGCUACGGUGUUUGCGUACGGACAGACAGGAAGUGGCAAGACACACACGAUGCAAGGGAUACAGAGUCAGAUUGCGGCUGACGUGUUUGAUCAAGCGGACGAGUUCGCGAGACGUGGAUAUCCACUGGAUAUCUGUGUGAGUUUCUUCGAAAUCUACGGCGGACGCUGUCAGGACUUGCUGCAUCGACAGGUACUGACGAUUCGUGAAGAUGGCGCCGGAGAAGUGCAGAUUGUGGACUUGGAGGAGGUGCAGCCGCAGAAUACCGAGGAACUGCUGCAAGUGAUCAGCAAAGGCAACAGUCUUCGUACAACGCAUGCCACCGAGGUCAACGAUGUGUCAUCUCGCUCGCAUUGUAUCUGUCAGAUCAAUCUUCGCGAGAAAGGAAGUGGUAAGGUCCAUGGCAAGUUGUCUUUGAUCGACCUUGCCGGCAGUGAACGAGGCGAAGACACGAAGAAUCAUAAUCGACAGCGACGAAUGGAAUCGGCAGAAAUUAACCGGAGCUUGCUAGCUCUGAAAGAGUGUUUCAGAGCGCUGGACAGCGGUGGUCGAGGCACUCACAUCCCAUUUCGAGCUAGCAAACUCACUCAAGUACUAAAGGAUUCGUUUGUCAAUGCUAAGGCGAGAACCGUGAUGAUCGCAGCAGUCUCGCCGUGUGCUUCGUCCUCGGACCAUACCCUCAACACACUUCGAUACGCCGAUCGAGUCAAAGAGAAACAUGUUUCAGCGGAUGCAUUCGACGAGAGGAAUGCCGACGUGGAACCUGUGGAUGUCGAGGAUGUCCAGUUUGAAGAAGAUUUUGACGAUGGCGAGGCGCAAGAUUUGGAUGACGAUGCCGAAGAAGAGUAUGACGACGAAGAGGAAUAUUCACACGGAGAGGAGUCUGACGAGGAUGACAAAAUGCAUGGAGACAAGUACAAUGCCGAUGACAAGAGAACCGACAUGCAGACGGAUUCUUCAAUCCAUUCUCGUGGGGGGCCUGGUUUAAAUGAUGACUUGAGUGUUCUCCGCCUUAAUCAGCGACGCCAUUCCAAUAAAAAGAGUGGCGAUCCGGUUCAGGAAAGUUAUCCAGAAGGAGCGUGGCAAGGAGUGGUUCAAACGCUGUAUGAAGAGCAAGAAAGUUUGCUCAAUACCCACAUGGGCGCAAUUCAGGAAAAUGCCGAGCUGCUCACUGAAGAAGGCGCCAUGCUAGCAGCGAUUCAAAAUGAUGACUCAGCGAGCAUUGAGCAGUAUGUUUCGCGUCUUGAAGAGGUACGAAACAAUUGUUUAAAACUAGCACACUUUUUUUUCUAA